AUGUCAGCAUCAAACAUUAGUUCAAGUAAUACCAUGAAAUUCUUUUUUGAUGAUGGUAUUGCUAUACCUUAUAUUGUUCGAUUUUGGGUUUUUCUCGUUUCAAAUAUUUUAUCAUUUAUUUGUUGUCUUUUCGUUCUUUAUCAAUUCCUUUUUGAUUCAAAUCUUCGUCAUGGUUUACAUAAUCAUGUUAUGAUUAUUGUUCUUUUUAUGUGUCUUAUUGCAGAAUUAACAACUGUUCCUUGUAUAAUGUACCUUGCCUUUUAUGGAGUUGCUUGGAUACAAACACCAACAUUUUGUAUGAUUUGGAAGUUUUUUGAUUCAACUACAUAUAGUACAACAAUAAAACUUGUUGCAUGGGCAUCCAUUGAAAGACAUAUUCUUAUAUUUCAUGAUCAAUGGGUUUCAACAAAGAAAAAACGAUUUUUCAUUCAUUAUUUUCCAUUAAUAUUUAUUGUUUUGUACGGUGUAGUAGUUUAUGGAACUAUUACUCCUAUGAAUGGUUGUAAUAGACCAUUCUAUUAUUUUAUACCUUUUUGUAAUUAUUCUAGUUGUGUAUAUAAUAGUCUUGCAUUUACUCUAUAUGAAUAUCUAACUGGUGGAGUAUUAUGUUCUGUUCUUAUUGGAUUUGGAAGUACUUUUCUUGUUUUACGUGUAAUGCUUCAAAAGCGACGUUUACAACAACAAAUUCAAUGGCGCAAACAUCGUAAAAUGAUACUUCAACUAUUGUCUGUCUCAUCACUUUUCAUUGUUUUAUAUUUACCUCCUAUAAUUUUGGCUACUGCUUAUAGACUUGGUGUUCCAACUUCUGUUGGAGCUCAAUUCAUUACAUAUAGUCGAUUAUUCUCUUAUUAUAUUCAAUUUCUUUUUCCAUUUACAUGUUUGAGUACAAUACCAGAACUUGGUACUCGAAUAAAAAAUAUUUUUCGAUGUCGAUGGAGGCAACAAACAAAUGCUGUUCUUCCUCAGCAAUGGGCUGCACGAGUACCAGUGGUUAAUCGAAUAAACAAACAGAAAACUACGACUAUGUAA